UGUUAAAUGUUAUUUUUACAUCCCGGGGUGUUGUAACUGUAAAGGUAAAAUAAACCUUUAAAAUACGGUACGUUUUGUGUAGAGUAAUCCGUUUUUCUGACAAGGUUUGGAGAUGACCUCUGUGGCCUCCACAACAGCAGAAGGCGCUGCUUUUAUUACUUGUGAGUGGUUCUUUGACAGUGAGUCAGCUGGUACGGAACCGGAAGUAGCGUGCAUUUUCACAGUUAGCCGGAGAAUCAGUCAGCCAAAAAUGUUGCGAAUAACAAUUCGGGCUGAAUUAAGUACUCUUUGGGUCUUGUUUUGGAUCACAUAUUCUCAGUUUUCGGUCGUGUCCUCUGAUGAGAUCGUGGUUGCAUGUGGGGGGUUUGUGAUGUCCGACGUUGAAAUCAAUUACUCAUUGAUUGAGAUUAAACUCUACACCAAACAAGGCUCCUUGAAAUACCACACUGACUGUGCUCCAAAUAAUGGCUACUUUACGAUUCCUCUUUAUGACAAGGGCGAUUUUAUUUUGAAGAUUGAACCUCCUCUUGGGUGGAGCUUUGAGCCCACCAGUGUAGAUCUCCAUGUGGAUGGCGUCACUGACAUUUGUAAAAAAGAAGAGGACAUUAACUUUGUUUUCACCGGCUUUUCAAUAUCGGGAAUGGUUUUGAGUAAAGGGCAUCUCCUUGGACCAACUGGAGUAGAAGUUAAAUUGAGCAGAGCCGGAACAGACGAGAAACUACAGACUGUCAUUACCCAGCCUGGAGGAGCGUAUACAUUUCACAAAGUGCUCCCUGGAACAUAUGACAUCGUUGCUUCCCAUCCUUCCUGGAUUCUGGAGAAGAGUACCACAACGGUGCACAUUUCCACUGGCAAUGCGCCGGCCGCUGACCAUCUGGUGGUCGGAGGCUACGAUGUCUCGGGUGAAGUCCGCAGUGACGGGGAGCCCAUGAAUGAGGUCACCUUCCUGCUUUACUCGGCCAUCGUCAAAAGAGAGAAUGUGAAAGGUUGCAACUUUUCUCCUGUGGAGGGUGCAGACUCUGGGGACAGUUCCCUCAUCUACCUGUGUAGUGCCCUCUCCGGGGAGGAUGGCACCUUUACCUUCCCCUCACUAUCUAGUGGGGAGUACACUGUGGUGCCCUUUUACAGAGGAGAAAGGAUCACUUUUGAUGUUGCGCCUUCCCGAAUGAAUUUCAAGGUGGAGCACAAUAGUUUGACGCUAGAGCCCAUCUUUCGUGUCAUGGGUUUCUCUGUGACCGGUCGGGUCCUAAAUAGUGUUGAUGGGGAAGGCGUAGUUAAUGCCGCGGUCUCUAUCAACAAUCAGAUUAAAGUUGUCAGCAAAGAGGAUGGCUCUUACAGGCUGGAGAACAUGACAGCUGGUACUUACACCAUCCGUGUCCAGAAGGAUCUCAUGUUUUUUGAGCCAGUAACUGUGAAAAUUGCCCCCAACACUCCACAACUUCCUGACAUCAUCACUGCAGGGUUCAGCGUUUGUGGUCUGAUCUCUAUCAGCCGUCUGCCCGAGGGCAUGAAGCAAGGUCGCUACAAGGUCACCUUGAGACACCAGGGCCAAGAUAAGAGCUCAGGCCGGAUCACUGACUCCGACACCCAGGGAGCCUUCUGCUUUCAGGCGAAACCUGGAGACUACAGUGUCCAUGUGUCUCUCCCUGAGGUUGAUGUGAAAGCGGGCCUGGCUCUGCAGCCUCAGGCCCUGGAGUUCUCAGUUGUAGACCAGCCACUCACAGAUCUUCUGUUUACCCAGUUCAUGGCCUCUGUCUCUGGAAAAGUCUACUGUUUGGCAUCUUGUGAUGACCUGUCAGUCACACUCCAACCAGUAAGCCGUCAAGGAGAGAGAAGGACGAUGCCUUUGACAGGCAGUAGUGAUAUCCUCAGUUUCUCCUUUGACAAUGUUCUACCUGGGAAAUAUAAAGUAAGCAUCUCUCAUGAGGAAUGGUGUUGGAAACAUAAGUCCAUGGAAGUCGAGGUUGAGGACGCUGACAUCUUGGGGGUCGAGUUCCGGCAGAUUGGCUACAUCCUACGCUGUUCCCUCUCCCAUGCCAUCACUUUGGAGUUCUUUCAGGAUGGCAGCAAACCUGAGAAUGUGGGCAUCUACAAUCUCUCCAAGGGAGUCAACCGUUUUUGCCUCUCCAAACCUGGCAUGUACCAAGUCACCCCUCGCUCCUGCCACCAGUUCGAGCAGGAUUUUUACAUUUAUGAUACUUCAGCACCCAGCAUACUGACUCUUACUGCAGUACGCCAUCACAUGAUGGGGCUUAUCACCACUGACAAGAUCUUAGAUGUCACAGUCACCAUCAGAUCAUCUAUUGAGAGUGAGCCAGCGCUGGUUCUUGGCCCCUUGCGAAGUCUGGAGGAGCAGCGGCAGGAGCAGCAGCUGCAGGAGAUACAGUUGCGACGCCAAGAACGAGAACGGCGUGCUGCUGAAGAAGAAGGGGCGGCCAAGGAUGAUAGUCCUCCGAUCCAAGAAAAGGCUGACGAGCUAACAGGGCCCUUCCACUAUGAGUUCUCCUACUGGGCCAGGGCUGGAGAGAAAAUUACAGUGACUCCCUCCUCCAAGGAGCUGCUCUUCUACCCCCCUGAAGUGGAGGCCACGAUCACAGGAGAGUCAUGUCCUGGUCGCAUGGUGGACAUCAUGGGUCGUGCAGGGCUCUUCCUGGAGGGCAAAGUGUCACCGGAGCUCCAAGGUGUCGAGGUGUCCAUUAGCGAAAGGGGAGCUGCUACACCACUCAUCACUGUGGCCACCAAUGAGAAUGGUGCAUACAGUGUGGGUCCACUUCACAGUGACAGGCAGUAUGACAUCAGUGCAAGUAAAGAGGGUUUUGUCCUGAGUCACAUGGAAGGAACCCAGGGAGAUUUCAAGGCUUUUGCUCUGGCUGGAAUCACCUUCAAGAUAAAAUCUGAGGACGGUCAUCCGUUGUCGGGAGUCCUUCUGUCUCUAAGUGGCGGACAAUUUCGUUCCAACCUGUUGACUCAGGACACCGGCCUCCUCACAUUCAAUAACCUGAGUCCAGGUGGGUACUAUUUCAAGCCCAUGAUGAAAGAAUUCCGCUUUGAGCCAGCAUCCCAGAUGAUUACAGUGGAAGAGGGUCAAAUCCUCAGUAUCGAUAUAACUGGAAUAAAGACCGCGUAUAGUUGUUACGGAGCAGUGCAGUCUUUGAGUGGUGAUGCGGAGAGAGACGUUGCCGUGGAAGCGGUGGGUCAAGGAGACUGUAGCAUCUACAGUGAGGACACUGUCACUGAUGAGGAAGGUCGCUUCAGACUUCGAGGUCUGCUGCCAGGUUGCAAGUACCUGAUUCAACUGCGAGCUGAAGGCAACGACCACAUAGAGAGAGCCUUACCCCAACAAAGAGCCAUUGAGGUCGGCAGCAGUGACGUUGAGGGAGUCAACAUCAUCGCUUUCCGACAAAUCAAUCAGUUUGACCUUAGCGGGAAUGUCAUUACAUCCCCAGAACAUCUCACAACUUUAUCGGUAAAGCUAUACAGGAGUGACAAUUUGGACAACCCCCUCCACAGUGUUUCACUGGGCCAGUCCCUCUUCUUCCACUUCCCCCCACUGGACCGGGAUGGAGAGGGCUACAUUCUGAUGCUGUACUCCACACUGUCCCGCACGCAGUAUGACUUCACUCUACCUCAGGUCUCCUUCACUUCCACCGGAUACCACAAGCACGUCACCCUCCCCUUCAACCCAACUCGCAAAGUGCCAGACCAAGACGUUGCCCAGGGCUCCUACAUUGCUCUACCCCUCACUUUGCUACUUCUAUUAGCAGCAUACAACCAUGAAAAGGUCAUUCCCUUCCUCCAACAGAUGAUGAAUCGUAUUCAAGGUGUAAGGAGCAUGGCCCAGGCCACCGGCGAGAGUGCUGUCUUGGAUGAAGCCAAACGUCAGGCCAAGAGGCAAAAAGCCCGACGGACAUGAGACAGAACUCACUUUCCCAGCACAUUUUUACAGUCUGCUAACCAUCAUGGCCACGAUUCAUCAAGUCAGUUUGGGUGCACAAAAUCUUCAGCGUUGCUCAAUUGCAAGUUUAAGGCAAUGCAUUCAACUCUUCAAUAGGUUAGUAGACUAUCUAGUUCAAUGUGUUUUAUUUAAAAGAAGCCCCCCC